ACCGCGUGCAAGAAGCACAUCGCAGUCGCAGUUUUUUCACUUUUAAUUACAUUUUAUAUACAUUUUAAAUAAAGUUUUUUUUUUACAAUUUUCCGUUACUUUUACAUAUUUAAUGGUGAAUUUCAAUGAGCUGGACUUAAAAUAUCAUCGGAUGUAAGGUGACUAUGGAUAACACAAGACAAAUGUAUCCAGAAGAGGACGAUACUAAUUUUUACUUUGAAUCCGAUCAUUUGGCGUUGAAGGGGAACAAGGACUACACGUCUUUUCUCAAAACAAUUGUGAUACUUGAAGCUCAAAGAUCACAGGCGAUUGAAGAUCUUGACAAAUUAGCAAUAUGUCGUUCCGAGGCAAUUAAAGAUCCAAUUUCGUUUGUUGCAAAAUUACAAAAUGGCAAUGUCGAUGAAUUUCCGGGCCCACAAACAAUUGCUGAAAUUCCCUUUGUCGAUUGGUCACAGUACAAUGUAGCCACACCGGAUAUGAAAUUACGACCACAGACGAGACAAGGAAAUAUCACUACUAGAUCUAAUGUUAAAGUCGAAUUCGAAGACUCUAAGAUAUUAGUCAGGGGUCGUGCAUUUGAUGAAAGUAAACCCGAGACUUUCAAUCAACUAUGGACAUUCGAGGAACAAAAACGAUUGGAGGAACUUUUAGUAGAAUAUCCUCCUGAAGAAGUCGAAAUGCGACGCUGGACCAAAAUUGCCAAUGCUUUAGGUAAUAGAACGCCAAAGCAAGUGUCAAGUCGUGUUCAAAAGUAUUUUAUAAAACUUUUACGAGCUGGUUUACCGAUUCCUGGUCGUGGGCCGAAAGUAAAAUUGGACACAAGGAGAAAUUUGGCAUUUCGAAAUCAAAGACAGAGUCAGCAAUUUUACAAAAAGUCGACAUUCUUUCCACAUCAGGAAAUUUCCUGUGGUAUUGACGAUCCGAAAGAUCAGGCAGUUCGCGACGAAAUUGGCGAAGGCACAGGAAAUGGAAGUGAAGAUGACAAUCCGGAAAUAAGACAAAUAGAACUUUUACGGCAAGUGAAAGACGAAAAAGAGACAGUCAGUUCCGUCCCAUUCGAGCAUGUUGGUUACAAGUGCUUUGUGUGUGAGGAGGAACCUUUGAAGGGAACGCGAUGGCAUUGUACAAAAUGUCCAGAUGAAGUGGACAUGUGCGCCGAUUGCGCUGUCGCUCAAUUGGAAGCAGAAAAUCCCGUUCAUGAUCCAAUGCACGCAUUGACUCCAAUUCGACCACCAAACUAUAUCAGAAGCUACGAUUUUGAUUAUCUUCCGCAAGUUUUCAACAGCAAUUCCUACAAUUAUUUGGAUCCAAAUUUCUGUCCGGAGUAAUUUAGGAUUUUUUUUUGCCUCCGAUUUUCUUUACAGAUCGACACAAAUUAAACUACCUUGCAUGUUUAAAAUUGGACUGGAAGUGGUAUUGGCGAGAAGAAAAUUUACUCAAGGAGUGGAAAUGGAGGAAAAAUGAAGACGAAAAGUGUGAUCUGAGUAAAGGGGUCGAUAUAUAUUAAAGAGAAAAUGGAAGAAAAUGAAAAAAGAGGAGGAAAUAGAAAAUGAAAACAGUGAAAAAAAUAUGACGCAAGUAGUAGAAAAAGUUGCGGUACUUUUGAAGUAACUUCAAGAAAACGCCUCAAUAAGUUGUCGAAGUCUGGGAACAAGUGAAGAAAGACGAAUAGUAGAGCGACUUUGUUAAAAGGAUUCAGUAAGUUGACGAACGCUGGACAUAGCUGAAAAAAGACAAAUAGUAGACUCAUUUUGUCAAACGAACUCAGUAAGUAUUAGUCGAACUCUA